GUUCAACUAUGGCACAAGAGCGCUCGAACCGCCAUGGUCGCUCCGCCUCGCGAGCUGCACCUCUGGAAGGUCCUCCUGUGCUUCUUGCUCCGGCCAUCAUGCUGCUUAGAGGCCUAUGUGGCUCCCAGCUUCAGCGCAGCUGUGGGCGGCCCCUUUUCUGGCGCUCCAGCCAUCCUGAGCUUUACCACCUCCGCGGAGGAGAACUGGAAUUCGUUUGAGAAUAUGGCGCAGACAGUGCCAGGGCUUGCAGGCCAUCCAACCUGCAAGGUGUGACGGCCGGAACGUCGUGGAACUCUCACGACAACGACAGACUGACCGGACUGGGACGCGAUGUUCCGUCCAGAGACUGGAGGCAGGCAGG